AUGUCCCAUCAUCACCACUCCCACAAUAACGGUCACGGCCACUGCCAUGGAGACGGCGGCGACGGCCACGAUCACUCAAAUGACAUCACACCAGCGCUCCAAUCACUCCUCUACUCUCAAAUUCGAUUCGAUUCAAUCACAACGUUGAACGAAGCUACUCCCCAGUCGGGAGCUGCGAUCGUGAAAAAGACAUGGGCUGAAAGGCAGAAUGACACUCCAGAGCUGGAAAGUGAUGCGGAUGAGCAAUUAUUGAUGUAUAUCCCAUUCACUGGCCAAGUCAACGUUCAUUCUAUCCUUAUAUACACUGCACCCACACCAUCCGCUCCGAGGACCCUGAAACUUUUCAAAAAUCGUGAUGACCUCGACUUCUCAACCGCGUCGGAGCUCAAGCCGACACAAACAAUUGAAGUGCCACAGCCGAUCCCUGGAACUGAUGUUUUCGAGCUGCCUUUGAACCGUGCACACUGGAACGCUACUACUUCAGUCACUUUAUUCUUCGAAGACAACUGGAGCCGUGGCGAGGAAGAAGUGACAAAAGUCGGGUACAUUGGACUCAAGGGCCAAUUCAUGGCCCUAAACAGAGAGCCCGUCAGCUUUCUGUACGAAGCAGCGGCUAAUCCCAAUGAUCACGUCGCGAUUCCCGGUGUGAACGGUGUCGGUGGACGAAUCAUGCCUGGACAGUGA